AUGGCAAACGACCCUAUCAAAUCUAGAGAUUCCUGUUUUUAUAUCCACUACCUUUAUGUUCCUAACCAGUGCCGUAUACCAAUCAGCCAGAUACGUAAUCGACUUCGGCGCCUACAUAUCUUCAGCAGCCAUACCUUCGAUAUCAUUAUCCGAACUGUCACCUUGUUACUCUGCUUAUUCGCAACGAUCAUGAAUCUGAGCUCCAUUCACAAUUACUAUUCGUGGCAUGAUCCCUUUGAUCUACAAAUUUGCGUGAUCCAGUAUGCUUCAAGUGGAGUUAUCAAGUUUGAUUAUGUCUUUGUCACCUUUGCUUGUUGGCUGAUUCACGCUAUUCGUCGUAUUAGUGUUCCUGUUCAGCGCACUGCUACGCUCUUUUUUAUCGAAGAAGGCUUUUUUGCUCCCGAAGCGUUUCUCAAAAUCUUUCAUAUCUGUCAUGAAUGA